AUGCCUUACACACCUGCAGCCGCUUUUCCUGUUCGCAUCAAUACGAAGAAAAAGAGGGUCAAGAAAUCUGAGGUGUCUGAAUUGGCCCCCGUGCCGCGAGAGUCACAGAUACCCCAAAAAGAGAAAGCUCAUCAUCUGUCUCAGGUAAUGGAGGGCUGCGUGCACAGCUCCACUGUACAUGGUACAAGAAUCAAUGGCAGCCGCCACCACGUAGCGGGCUCUCCCGAGAGGACCGGAGAGAUAACCCCUGCAGAGCGCCGCUUCUGUGCCGAGAAUGAAUACCCCGCCCGGUUCACCUUGCAGGAAAUCGAAAUCGACAUAGGCUCGUGGAUGUGCCUCGCAUGUCCCACUUCGACCCGCAAAUGUCUGGACUGCAAACAAUACGAAGGCCACGAAGACUCCCUGAUCAUCGCCAUUCAUGGCGAAUGUCUCACUGAAAAGACCAGAAAGCGUUCAGCAAUCGGAGUAUUCUACGGCCGUGGCAACGCUGGCAAUAUCUCGUGGCCCAUUCCAGGCAAGGACGACCACAGUCACACGACCCAGAUCGCCGAGUUGACUGCCUGCCUGCGGGCCUUGCGCAAUGCAACCUCCAUCAUCGAGAAACGCCGCAACAUGACGCAGAAGGGCAAGGUCCUCAUGCCGCUGAAUACCUUCGUUAUCAAAACAGACUCCGAGUACCUCGUCCGCAGCUUGACGGAGUGGCUGCCGAAGUGGAAGAAGAAUGGAUGGAAAACUUGCAAGGGCGUUCCAGUUGCUAAUGCUGAUAUGUUCAAGCUGGCAGAAACUGGUAUCAUCAUGGUUGAGACGGUCGUUCAGGUUAAAUUCUGGCUUGUGCCCAAGGAGAACAACCUGGAGGCUACUUGCCUGGCAAAGAUGGCUUUCGCGGAGGGAUGA